AUGAAAAUAGCAAACUCUCGGGUGAAGAGGAUCCUCGUUGACAGUGGGUCCUCAGCCGACAUCAUCACACUUGAUUGCCUACUCAAACUAAAGUAUACCGAGAAGGAUGUGAUCCCUACCAACCAACCGUUAAUUGGUUUCGGAGGCGGGUCGGUCUAUCCUCUUGGCUAUGUAAAACUGGCUGUAAGGCUCGGGGAGAGAGGAAAAGGUAGGAGUCUACCAGUAGACUUCCUAGUUGUUGACACCCCGCUGCCUUACAAUGUCAUUAUGGGUAGGCCCACCAUGAAUAAAAUAAAAGCCGCCAUCUCGGUAUAUCAGUUGCUGCUCCAAUAUGAGACCGACGAUGGGCAAGUCGGGAAGAUUUAUGGUGAUCAACAAAUGGCCCGGGAGUGUUAUAUCAACAGCUUCCGAGCCAAAGCACCCGAGGAGAAGAGAGAAAAGAAGAGGAAGAGAGAGGAACCGAUAGAAGUCCCCACAGGACUCGGGGUUUAUAUAUCUGAAAACCCCAAGUACUAUGAACGCCCCCGACCUGUGGAGGAGGUCGAAGAGGUCGUGAUAGAUUUAGAAGUCGGGCACACAUUGAGGAUUGGCUCAAGCCUCAAUCCCGAGAUCAGGGAUCAACUGGUUCAGACCUUAAAAGAAUUCAAGGAUGUAUUCGCUUAUUCAGCUGCAGACAUGCAAGGGUUGAACCCCGACUUCGCUUCCCACGAGCUAAACAUCAAGGAGGGAUUUCGCCCUAUCAAGCAAAAGCUUAGGCAUCAGUCGAGUCGCCGAAAACUGCUGCAGAAGAAGUGA